CAAUUUCUGAUAAGUCAGAGAUCAUAGUCACGGUGAAAGGUGGGGGGGGAGGAAAAAUAAAAUAAAGCAAGCAGAAGUUACGUCUUUGUGAAGAUUUUUCUAGAAGUAAAAUAAUUAAAUCGUUGUAAUUUAAAAAUAUACAGACGUCGUCCUUUAGAACUGUGUUUGAAUAAAGCACUUAAUUGUUUACCAAAGAAAUGGUGAUGGAGAAGCCAAGUUCCCUGCUUGUAGGGCGGGAGUUUGUGAGGCAGUAUUACACCCUGUUAAACAAGGCACCAGACUUCUUGCACAGGUUUUAUGGCAGAAACUCCUCUUAUGUUCAUGGAGGGUUAGACGCAAGUGGAAAACCAGUGGAGGCUGUGUAUGGUCAAGCUGAAAUCCACAAGAAAGUAAUGUCCUUGCAGUUCAGCGAAUGCCAUACCAAGAUCCGCCAUGUGGAUGCUCAUGCCACCUUGACUGAUGGGGUUGUAGUGCAGGUGAUGGGUGAGCUUUCCAACAAUGGCCAGCCAAUGAGGAAGUUUAUGCAGACCUUUGUACUUGCUCCUGAAGGCUCUGUGGCAAAUAAAUUCUAUGUCCACAAUGAUAUCUUCCGUUAUGAAGAUGAAGUUUUUGGGGAUUCUGAAGCUGAGCUUGAUGAAGAAUCUGAAGAGGAAGUGGAGGAAGAACAGGAAGAAAGGCAGCCCUCCCCUGAACCUGCACAAGAGAGUCCUAGUAGCACCUACUACGAGCCACAUCCUGUAACCAAUGGUUUGGAAGAGCCUCUGGAGGAACCAGAGCCCGAGGCUGAGCCAGAACCAGAACCAGAACCAGAGCAGAAGAGCGAGGAGCUGAAGCCAGAGAUCGAAAAUAAGGUCCUUGACGAGCUGGAGGAUCAGGCACUCUCCCCAGUUCCUGCUGAGCCAACAUCCAACACCCAGGAACUACCAAAGGCUUUCUCCUGGGCUUCCGUGACCAGUAAAAACUUGCCUCCUAGUGGUACUGUCCCUUCCUCUGGAAUUCCACCCCAUGUUGUUAAAGCACCAGCCUCACAGACCAGAAUGGAGAACAAAUUGGAGGUACAGGCUCCACCCCCCAGAGUCCGUGAUCAGCGCACCAGAGAGAGACCAGGAUUUGUUCCCAGAGGGCCCAGGCCUGGACGAGGAGAAUCUGAGUCGAGUGACAUGGAUAAUCGUAGAACUGUGCGCUAUCCGGAUAGCCACCAGCUCUUUGUUGGCAAUCUGCCUCAUGAUAUUGAUGAAAAUGAGCUCAAAGACUUUUUCAUGACAUUUGGCAAUGUGGUUGAACUGCGCAUCAACACCAAGGGAGUUGGAGGCAAACUACCCAACUUUGGGUUUGUGGUUUUUGAUGACUCUGAUCCUGUACAGAGAAUCUUGGGUGCAAAGGUAGGGGGGCCCAUAAUGUUCCGUGGAGAGGUACGGCUGAAUGUGGAAGAAAAGAAAACUCGUGCGUUCAGGGAGAGGGAAACAAGAAGCGGAGAUGACCGCAGGGACAUGCGGCGCAAUGACAGAGGACCUGGGGGACCUCGCGGUAUCGUGGGAGGCGGCACGAUGCGGGAUCGGGAUGGAAGAGGACCGCCACCCAGGGGAGGCAUGGCUCAGAAACCAGGGCUUGGCUCAGGAAGAGGAGCUGGCCAGGGCGAGAGCCGCUUUACAGCACCGCGCCGUUGAUUGCAGCCUGCAGUUUGGAAGUAGUUCCAUGUUCAUCUUUGCGUUCUCGUUAACGAAAUCUAUAUAUAUAUAUAUACUUUUUUUUUUCUUUUGGGCUUUGGAAUGUGACACAGCCUGUCGGCUAUUUCUUUGAUGUGAAAAACUGCAUUCGUUUACGAACUUUAUAAGCUGAACAUCCUUGCCUGUGUUCUCAACAGGGUUCAAAAACAUAAUUUAUAGUUACAAGAAAAAAUUAAUCUGCAACAUGAAAGGGACUGAAAGACAUCACUUCAAUAGUACAGCCCAUCAUUUGGAGAAGAAAUUUUUAAAUUGCCUAAAGUUAAAGGGGGGGGGGCUUAUCUUCUAAUCCUCUACUGCACAUUUUGUAAAAGUGAUCUGCCCAUUACUGUUAGAAACAAAUGGUGAAAACGUGUGGUGUUUUUUUGGGGUUUUUUUUUUUUUAAAUACUUUGCUAAAACAAAAACUUGUAUUUAUGCACUCAUCAAUAUGCACUAAUGGGUAUUCUUGUAGUUUUACAUAGAUAUCUGUGGGCUGAGGCUGGAGAACACCCUACAGUUGUCUGUUCUGUAGCUAGUCAAAUUACGAGGGCUCAUCUCAAAUCCUGUUCGCUGUGACCACAAACUCAUUUUUUUUUUUUCUCCCCCACAUCGUUAUCCCUAAAUUAACCUGCUUCAUAACAGCAAGAGUUUAUUUUCUUGUAAACGAAUAAAGUGCAAUCCUGGACUUGAAAGAGAAAGGAAAAGCAAAUACCAACCUCAACACUAGGAGUUUGGUGGCUCAUCUUUUGUACUUUUUAUUUUUUGCCCAACUGCAGAAAGUACUGGUCAACGCAAAAUCAAAGCUUACUGUUUUUUUUGUUUUUUUUUGUACAUGAUGGUGCCUUCUAUUCCAUCAUUCCAGUGUCUAGUAACUCUGUGCAGUGUGAUGCACUAUUGCAUUGUGAAUGCCAAAAAGGCUGGAAAGUCUUUGUUCUGAAGUUAGGUAAAUGUAAGUUGCAGUAUCCUUGUAGGAGGAAGGGUUUACAUUUUUAUUUAAAUUUGCUUUAUGAUCCAUUUUGACCUUUUGAUCAAUGUGGGGAGAGUUGCAUGAAUGUGUACCGUGAUUUAUCUAGUUGCAUCCAGCGUCCAUGAAUUGGGUUUUUGCUUUGAAAGGCAACAUUGCGUUAAAGCAUCUUGCUCUGUAAAAGAUGCCUAAAAGUUUGUAUUAAAUUAGUUUUGAUGUUUUUAAUAUGUUAAGUACAAAGUGUUUAUUUUUUGUGGUUUUCUUAAUUUUAUUUGUGGCAUCACAACCUGGCAAGGAUACUGCAUGUUUUUAAUGCAAGGAGCAGUGGCUAUAAAUAAUUAGAUUUUACUAAAAUGCCUAAUUAUGGUAUGUGCUUACCCAGUCCUAAAUGCAACAGUGUUAUGAACCAGCUCCUAUAGGUUUGUAAAUCAGCACUUCAGACAAAAUGGUUGGGCAGAGGAAAAAAAUUGCAACAGAUGCAGGAAAUGCAACCAUUGUCACCAGUCAUGGAGUGACCCAGUAGAAUGUAAGCUGAACAGUUCUAUGAUGAACAAAUCAAACGGCGAAAGAAACCAGACUUCUUGUCAAUCCCUAAAGAGACUGAAUAUCAUCAUAGUGCUUCAUGUUAUGAACUGGAGUACUUUUAUUUUUGAUUCAAAGAAAGAAAGGUGCUGUUGUUUUUUUUCUCUGAACACUUCAGAACCAUUAAAGAACUUUUGCCUUUUUGCCAUUCAUUUUUAAAUGUUCAAAUGCCGUUGGCAGUCCUGUUGUAGUUAUCUGUACAGAUUUACAGAAGGUUAUGGCCGUUGUGCCCCUCACCCCUGUAUUUUUCCUUUUCCCCAUCCGUAUGUGGUCAUGCUGAUAUUCAGUGUGCUUAACUGCAUUAUCUGUGUUCUGGUUUUGAGGCAACUGUCAAUUGAAAAAGUUACUCUAGUAGUCUGCCAGUUGGCAUGGAAGCAUUUUAAAGCUGGUCUUGGUAACAGAAGACUUCCAGUAACUUGCAUGGGAUGAAAAAUGCACAAGUAGUAAUUUUGUUUACACCCUGAACUGCAGCCAUUGCUUACCAACCGGUCAUGAACUUUACAGGGAAGUCUACUCAGUUUUUAUACAGCACCUUUUGUAAACGAUUUUUGAGGUUUUCCUUGUUUGGUAGACUUGCACUAUUUUCAACAUUUCUGGGACAUGCAUGCUUUUUCAUCACGUAAAUUGUUGUCCCCCGUCCCCCAAGUUUUUGGUACUGUUGUGCCCUGGAGGUAAAUAUACUUGAAGUUUCCAUCAGACAAGGAACGAGGGGAGUAAGGUGGGCAUCUCCUCCCCGCAGUAUUUGAAGGUUGUACUGAGCGUCGCAUAUUUUAUUUCAGAUUUUUAGCUUGUCAGUUUAACCAUUUUUUUUUUUUUUUUUUUUUCCUCCUGGAUUAUCAAACUCUUCCCAUGCUUUGGCUCAGCUCACCAGCAGACUUAUGGCAAAUCAUCCUGGGACUAAACACCUAAUCAAGAAGUGAAAUAGAGGGGGAGAAAAAGACCCAUUUAACAAAACAACAAAAAUCUGAAGUGCUCUGACUUGCUUCCAAAAUGAAUGCUAUGAACAAAGCUCUGCAUCAGAUGUUUUCCUGGUGUUUUGUUUGUUCUCAUUAUUUACUGUGGACUCUACUGUUUUCACCCCCUUUUGUGUUUUAUGGUACCUCCUAAAGCAAAGCCAAUAAACCUUUCCACUAUGGCGAGUGCAGUAGGUGGUUUGUACGAAAGGUAUAAGAAAGCAGUAUGUGUAUCAUUCCAGUCUAUUUUUGUUUAUGGGAAUUGACUUACCUUCUUGGCUUUAGCAGGUAUGGUAAACCUUGGUUUGCGAUUUUAUUUUAUUUUUUUCUGUGUUAAAGCAUCUUUAUGCUAGUAGGAAACUAGUUUAAUGUGUUGCAGGUGCAGAGUAUUUUUAUUUUGUUUUUUCCAUUUUGAAUGUGUUGGACUUGACAUACAAUAAACUACUGAUGUCUGCAUAA